CAUUUAGCACAAAUUUAGUACGAAAGUUUUUUAAAUUACAAUUUAAUUCCUUUACUUUUGCUUUGUGUGUACUGUUUUGUUUAGCAUUUUUCAUGUGAAUUGUGUUAAAAUAAAAUAUUUUAAAAGCAUACGUAAUAUAUAACUGACAAAUUGUUCAACAACAAUAUUUCUACCAAUACUUUUUAAUAAGAUGGCAUUUCGAUCACGUUUACAAAACAAAAGUGGUGGUAGUUCGAUAGAACAGCUUGAAAUUGAAAUGUGUUCUCCAUCUUCAUCGCCACCAGUACCUGUUUCUCCUGUGUGCACUACUAUUUUGCCACGAAAAUUAAGGUUUGCCUCCCCAAGCCGUGAUGAGGACGACGAAGGGACAAGUGGUAGUGACGAUAGUCCAUUCAAGGCGAAGUCCGAAAACAGCAAUGAUAGUGCCAAAACACCAACAACUAUGUCUAUAUCGCCUCCAUAUCGCAAAGUACGUGCGUUGAGGCUUUUCGACACGCCAGCAACACCAAAAACUAUUUUGGAACACUGCGGGCCUGCCAAAGAAAAAUCGUCUGCAAAAGCCCUAAAUCACUUGUCAUUGGCAGCAGCUUCAGAUAUUACCAAAAGGCAGGAGUCACUUUUUCUCAAGGCUACUGAAAGGCCACGAUCCCUACCAUUGCAUAAUCGUGCUUUGGACAAUGUUAUGCAGCAGCAAACAGCUAAUGUGAAUCCAUUUACACCAGAUAGUCUAAUGGCUCAUAAUAAAAAACGUUGUCGGACUCAAAUUGGUCGUGAAAAUCUAAGUAACCGUUCAUUGCAGAUGUUUUUAAACAGCGAUGAGGAUUUGAACAAUGAUAAUGAACAGUCGACUGAGAUGCACCAGGCUCCUAAAAGACUGGCUUUACAAGACACUAACAUUAGUCGAUAUAAAAAGGAAUUUGUUGAAUUAUCUGUCAUUGGGAUUGGAGAGUUCGGAAUGGUUUACCAAUGCUUAAAUCGUUUAGAUGGCUGUAUUUAUGCAAUUAAAAAAAGCAUUAAACCAGUCGCUGGAAGUUCAUUUGAGAAACAAGCGCUUAAUGAAGUAUGGGCUCAUGCUGUCUUGGGAAAACACGAUAAUGUUGUUCGGUAUUACUCUGCGUGGGCCGAAGACAAUCACAUGCUUAUACAAAAUGAAUACUGUAAUGGUGGCAGUUUACAAUCUUUGCUACAAAAGCGUUGUUUAGUAGAAUCAGAACUAAGAAUUCUUCUACUACAUGUAGCAGAGGGCUUACGUUAUAUACAUUCCAACGAUUUAGUUCAUAUGGAUUUAAAAUCAGGAAAUAUUUUUUUAACAAAAGUUCCGUCGGUGCAUAAGACGGUAAUGCCACCUCUUACGAAGGAGUGUUAUGAAACUGGAAUGGAUGGUAUUUAUGAGGAAUUAAGCAAUUCGGAGUGGUUAAUAACUUACAAAAUUGGCGAUUUGGGACAUGUUACAUCGGUAAAGGAACCAUGUGUGGAAGAGGGAGAUUGCCGAUAUUUACCAAAAGAAAUACUCGAAGAUGAUUUUUCGAAUUUAUUUAAAGCCGACAUUUUUGCAUUAGGAUUGACGCUCUACGAAGCCGCAGGUGGUGGUCCAUUGCCAAAAAACGGCCAAGAGUGGCAUAAUUUAAGAGAUAACAAAGUUCCCGAUAUUCCUACACUAAGCCGAGAGUUUAAUGACCUAAUCAAAAUUAUGACACAUUCUGAUCCAAAGAAAAGACCUUCAUCUACAUCUAUAUUCAAUCAUUCUGUUUUGAAUUCUUUAGAAUCAAAGAGCAAAGCUCAACUCAGUCAGGAGUUAACUAUUGAAAAGCGAAAAAAUGAAAUCCUUUUGCGAAAACUAAGAGAGGCUCGAAAAACCAUCAAGUCUUAUGAACAAAAUGCAAAAGCUCAUCAUUCGCAUUUUAAUAGUCCACAAAAAUUUUCAGAUCAGCGUUGUCUUCGUUCGCUUACUCGUAAAAAGCAUAACACGCCUAGUUUGAACGGUAAAUUGGAGAGCCUGCGCGAUCGAAAUAAAAAUGUUAUAAAUAAUUUUAAAUACUAAUUCGUUAAAGCUUCGAUAUUCUUGAUACUACACUAAAUAAUUUAUUUUUAAUUUGAAUACUUGUAUAUUACCCACCCAGUAACAUUUGAAAUUUUGUCAAACAAGAGUUUUUACCAUAUAUACGUAUAUAUUCACUCGUACACAAAACAAAGUAGCUUGCCUAUUCGUUCAGAAUAAGAUAUUCGUUAUUGUAUGAUUAUUUAAUAUUUUAAUGUGCAUAAUUAAAUGCGUUAUUAAAUAUAAUAUUCUCUUUUUAGUGGACAUUUCCAUUAAAAUGGAACAUGUUAAGAAACAAGGGAUGGAAUUUCUGUAAAUAAACAAAUAUACAAUUUUAGCCUCGUAUUACCGUAAUAAAUAUUUAUUUUUAUUUUAAGCGAUAAAAACAUUGUUCCGUUUAUUUUUUUGUUAACAUAACAAAAACCCGCAUAAGGAAUCAUUUUGUCUUCUCAAUUAUCAAUCUAUGUAAAAAUUGUAUUUGUAUUUUAAAACGUUUUCAAAGAUUUAAAAAAAUAUUUGUUAAGCAUUUUUAAUAAAUAAAGUUUAAGAAAGAUAUAA